AUGCGUGCGAGGAUCAUGCAGGAUCUCGGAGACACGAUAUUCAAACUGGUGUGCGAUAGGGUCACAGCCGAGCAGUGGUCCGAGUGGCUGAGGGCUCCGCUGGAGCAUGCGGCAGCCACGGCAAAUUAUGAACUCGUGAGUAAGCUGUUGAGAGCCGGGGCCAACGGCGGUGCCAGCUGGCGGGGUUGUCAUGAUGACAAGACGCUGCUGCAUGCGGCUGCUGAGGGCGGCGACGCCCUAGUCGUGUCGCUGUUGCAAAGGGCAGGGGCGGGGGCAGACAUAGAGGCGAAAGCCCCCGGCACCGGCCAUACACCUCUCCAUCUUGCGGUACUCGGUGGGAACGCGACUGCUGCAAAGGCACUAAUAAUGGCUGUGGAGCGGAUGUGA